AUGGCUGCAUCACUAUUUCGGCAGGCCGGGCGCACAGCUGCCAAAUGCUCGUUGCGACCCACCACUACCCUUCGUCCCUCAACCUCAAGAGCCUCAAUCAGAGCAUUCUCAGCACUCCCAGCACGCAGAUACGCAGAGCCAUAUGAGGGUACAAAAUUAGUUCCUACCGAUGAACACUUCGGAAUUGCCAAUACUUAUGAUAAUACAAGCUUAGCUCAUGAGAAUCUGCAGGAAGGCGAGCAUGUGGAGAAAAGGAAGAUUCGCCAUUAUACAGUGAACUUUGGUCCUCAACAUCCGGCAGCUCACGGUGUGUUGCGUUUAAUUUUGGAGCUCAAUGGAGAGGAAAUCGUGCGGUCAGAUCCUCAUGUCGGUUUACUGCAUCGUGGAACCGAGAAGUUGAUCGAAUACAAGACAUAUAUCCAGGCCUUACCAUACUUUGAUCGAUUGGAUUACGUUUCUAUGAUGACCAAUGAGCAAUGUUUCUCUUUGGCUGUUGAGAAGUUGUUAAAUGUUGAGAUUCCUGAGAGAGCGAAAUGGAUCCGAACGCUUUUUGGUGAAAUUACUAGAAUUUUGAAUCAUCUCAUGUCGGUUUUGUCUCACGCAAUGGAUGUUGGUGCUCUCACACCUUUCUUGUGGGGUUUUGAGGAACGUGAGAAGCUUAUGGAAUUCUAUGAACGAGUUUCGGGAGCCCGCUUGCACGCUGCAUAUGUUCGUCCAGGUGGAGUCCAUCAAGAUAUCCCAGUCGGACUCCUUGAUGACAUCUAUCAAUGGGCCACUCAGUUCGGUGAUCGUAUUGACGAAACGGAAGAACUACUUACCGAUAAUAGAAUUUGGAUUGGAAGAACGAAAGGAGUUGGUGUUGUUUCAGCCGCUGAUGCUUUGAACUUAGGCUUUACUGGUGUCAUGCUUCGAGGAAGUGGUGUCCCAUGGGAUGUCCGUAAGAGUCAACCAUAUGAUGCAUAUGGCGAAGUAGAGUUCGAUGUACCAGUCGGUGUCAACGGUGAUUGCUACGAUCGAUACCUCUGCAGAAUGGAGGAAUUUAGACAAUCCCUGCGAAUUAUUCAUCAAUGUCUGAAUAAGAUGCCACCUGGACCAGUCCGAGUAGAAGAUUACAAGAUCUCGCCGCCACCUCGUGCUGCCAUGAAGGAGAAUAUGGAAGCACUCAUCCACCACUUUUUGUUAUUCACCAAGGGAUACACUGUUCCACCCGGAGAAACUUAUUCCGCGAUUGAAGCGCCAAAGGGUGAAAUGGGUGUGUACGUUGUAAGUGACGGAAGUGAAAGACCAUACCGAUGCAAGAUCCGCGCGCCAGGUUUCGCCCACUUAAGUGGAUUCGAUCAGAUUUCGAGAGGACAUUUGCUUGCUGAUGCGGUUGCUAUCAUUGGUACUAUGGAUUUGGUCUUCGGAGAAGUUGAUAGGUAG